AUGAAUAAAUAUCUCAUAUUAUGCAAAAACUUUGUACUGGAACAAAUUCAAUCAAUUACAUUAUUCUCUUUGUUUUAUAUACUCACCCAAAAAAUAAUUACUUUUUUCAUAAUAAAUACAAUACUACACUUCACUUCAAAAUUAUAUACCUGUUCAGUAGGUUUGAUACUGCUAUGGGGUACAAUUUAUUACAUCACAUUUGAAAGUAUUUUGCACCAUAGGAUAUAUAUAAGAAAACUAUGUUUUAAUAGGAAAGUUAUAGACUCAAUAAGAGUAUUCCACAUAGAAUUAACUGAUGUCUCUUUAAGAAUUCCAGAAACAGUGAAAUCUCCCAAUGUUCAUAAGAAUCCUAAUAAAGGAACGCCAGAAAUUCUAAAUUUAGAGCUAAAAAUUAAGCAUGGAUUUUGGCUAAAAAAAAUCAUCGCCUGGAUUUUACCAUUGAAUAUAAAUAUUCAAAAUGUUCAUUUAACUUAUAAGAAUAAAAGCUACUACAUAGAUUAUGGCUCCAUCAAAUUCGAAAUUAAGGAUAAAGAUAAUAUUUUAAGAUUCUCUAUAUUUUUCCAUGAUUUAAGAAUGGCUUUUACAGAAGAAAAAAUGCAUCAUUUGGAACUCCUUAUUGAUUUCCAUUUUAAUGAUAUCUCCUCCAAAACUAUCGUGCUAAAGAACUGGAAAUCCUCUUUAAAAUUAGCAGAAAUGUGUAUCAAUAUAUCCGAUUUUAAGCAUUUUAAAACACGAGAAAAUGAUAAUGAUAAUGAUAAUAACACCAAUAUUAAUAUUUCAACCAAGGAUGAAAACAAUCAACCGGAAAAGAACACCCCCAUUGACAAAAAUUUAUUGUUUAAAAAUAUCAUCACCAAAUACCAAGUGAUUAUAACAAAUUUAAAUGUUUUGGAUAUUAAAGUGGAAAACCUCAGAGUAAAAUUUUAUGAGUAUAAAUGUCAACUAUUUUGUUCAACAAUCAUUUUUUAUAUUAAGUCUAUUAGGCAUUUCAGGCAUGGUUUGGUUGAUCUAAUGGAUCAGGAUCCAUGGCUGCUAAAAUUUGAAAUUACCAUCACCUGUAAUACUUUUGUUUUCCGCUUAUUAGAAAGACAGGUUCUACGUGUUCCUGUGUUAAAUCUGAUAUGUACCACGGACUUACUAUCAUAUUUUGUAACGACGAGUGAUGAAAAUAAUAACAAUAGAAACAAGUAUAAAGAGCCUUUAAAAGUUGGUUCCACCUUGAGUAUUAUUGACCCUUCCAUUGUCUUGGAUUUGGAACAGGUCGAAUAUUUCCUAAAGCAUUAUUCACAUCAUUUAAUUAGAAAAUACACCAGAUUAAUGAAAACCCAAGAAGAGGAUAAUAUAGAAAACCACAUCAAUUCCAAGCUAUCUUCGAAUAAUAAUCCCAACACUCAAACCACUAAUGAGUAUAUUUCUUCAUUGACAAAAGAGGCUAUAUUAUUUGUGUUUAAAUUUAUUAUAUCAAACGUAUCCUUUACAUUGAAAACCUCUGAGACAUCGCAUUUUGCAUUAAAAAAUAGCAGCAUCUCUUUAUUGUUUCAGAAUCAAAAAAGCUACGUCAAACAUCAUGCCAAAAAUUUGAUCCAGCCAAUAUUGAAAAUUAAUCACAAUAACCAUAAUAAAGCAAAAACCGAUAACGAUUCGCAAAAUCACCUUAAAAUACAUUCAUUAUCCAUAAUUUAUUACGAAAAACCAUCGGGAAAUUUAGAUUUGUCGCUGAUGCAAUCAAUUCCAAUAUUAAAUUUUAGCAAAUUUGAAGCAUAUAAUUCAGAUAUUAUUGAAUAUCCUGGUUUAAUUAGUAGCACAUUAAGAGACUUAAGCAUCUAUAUUAAUAAUCUAAAGGCCUUGAAUUCCAUGAGGGAAACGAAUAGAUCUUUAGCAUUGCUGAAAAUGAAAUAUAUAACGGAUAUUAAAGACCAAUACACUAAUAAUAACAAUAUCAAUUUCCUUCCAAAGAAAAAAGCUUCAGCUGUUUUUAAUUACGAGUUAAGGGUAAGAUUAAAAAAUUUUUCCAUUGUUAGUAUGAUACAUAAUUUCAUUCCACCAAAUUUGGAUCCCGGGUAUGCAAACUUGUUUUCUUAUGCACAUGGUAUUUCAAUAAAUCUAGAGGAAUCUUAUAUAUUUUUUGACCGUCAUUAUUCAAAAUUUGAUUUAAUAUCCGGUACCAUUACUAAAUUAAUGCGUGACAAUGAUGGGAAAAUGGUCGAGAAUUUUGUUGCUAAAAUGGUUGAUUUAUCCUUUGAAUCCAGCAAACUUACAGUCUCUUUGUACAUACCUGAAAUUAAAAUUAAUUUCGAUAUAAAUUUGAUAUGGGUGAUAUUUUAUUUGAAAAGUAUUUUCCACAAAUAUGCCUUCAGUCAUAGAGUUGUUCCUAAAAAACAUAAAACCUCAACUAAGACAGAAACAGAGACAAAGAAGAAAAGUAAGACAUUGGCGGAUAUAAUCAGGCCAUGGAAAAUAAAGUUUGGAUGUAUAUAUAUUGAUGGCAGUUUCCCCAAUGAUUUGAAAUUAAAAUUCACUAUUCAUAAAAUUAGAAUCGAUGGUUAUAAACAAAAGAUAUCGAUUCAUAAAUUUUAUUUAUUGGCAAAAUCAGUCUAUGUUCCCAAAAAUCAGGACAUUUUCAUUCGCUUAUUCACCAUUCAUGACAUAGUAUUCGAUGUUAGGGAAUAUAUGAGAGAGAAUUUUGUUACCAUCGACACUAAAUUAAUUCAAAUGAAAACAGAGUAUCAUUUAAGAUUUUAUACCAUCGUGGACAACUUAGUUUUCACUUUUAAGUCGUACAAACAGAUUAAAUCAUCAUUCAAAGAUUUAACUCAAUUUAAACAACUGGAGCCAAUAGAUGAGCAACCUAAAAGAGUACCACCAUUUAGAAUUAGAGCCAAGAAUUUCUCGGUAAAGGUGGAUGAGGACACUUUUGAGCAUGAAUUAGGUUUGAUCUUUAAGGUGGGUAAACUCGAACAGAAAUCAAGACUGGAAAAACUACAGGCAUUUGAAAACAGAGUAUCCAUUAUUCAUAAUGUAAAUAAUAGAAAGAGUUGCAGUAAUAAUAAUCCUGAAAAAUCAGCAUACAAAAGAAUGAGCUCUCCUGUUUCAUUUGGCAAUGAGGACUAUCUUAGUUACGGAAGUUGUGAAGAAAAUGACGAGGAUGCUAUUGAUUUAUAUGAAUACACCGAAGAGGAUAUCCGGGAUAUGAGAUACAAACUUUACAGAAACCUUUCCACAUCGUGGAUUAAUAGAAUGAAAAAGGCAGUCUUAACUUUCCACACAAGAAACGCUUAUCAAGUGGCUGAGAGAACAAUUUUGGGUGAGAAAAUCAGAUGGUUUUAUGGUCAUGAAAAAUGUGUUUUAUUAACCAUGACUUUAACUGAUUUAGAUUUAUUUAUCAGACAACCUUCCUUUGGCGUUGACAAUUAUGCAGAUUUUUUAUAUGAUUAUGGUAAAGGUAUUCCAAAAAAUUCCACUUAUUCGAUUUUAAUACCAAUUAACUUAAACUUAAAAGUAUCCAAUUGGGUUUUCACUUUAAGAGAUUAUCCAUUGCCUAUUUUGUCAUUUCCAGAAACCGUCAUUACAGGCGAUUUCGUGAUUGCCGAACAACAUGCUGAUUUUACCGCCAGAAGAAGUGUUUGGAUCCCAUUUAUUGACAUUGAUAAAAAGUAUGAUUAUCAACCUACAAACUCUAUCUUUGGUGUUAAUGUAUUGCGUACUCUAAAUCCCAUAAAGACAAUCAUGAAUGCAGAAUUCAAGAUAGAUUCUGAAACACCAACCAUUUUAACUUGGGGGAAAUCUUUGCAACCUGGAUAUCAAUCAUUUAUGCUGUGGUUUGAUUAUUUAACGAAGCCACCAUUAGACCCCUCUGAAAAGUUGGGAUUUUGGGAUAAAUUCAGGUUAUUGAUUCACGGAAGAUUGGUGUUUUCAUGGUCGGACACUAGCGAGUUCCAUUUUAAUAUCAAAGGUUCAAACGACCCUUACAAGAUCAUAGAUGAUGGGGCAGGGUUAACUUUUUGUUGGAGUGGUGGUACUAAGAUGUAUGUGCAUGGAAACUCGAAUCCAAAGGAAUUUUUAAAGAUAAUAUCCAAGACCUUCAUAUUAGGUAUACGCGAUUUUACCACAAAUAUUAUUGAUGAAAGAUUUAGCAAAAUACUUAUGAAAUCUGAUGGCCAUGUUACUUGGAAAAUGGGGUUGCUUUUUGAAGGGGGCGAUCUAUCAAAGGCGGGAGAGGAGCCAAGACAGACCAAUUUCAAAAAGCAUUACAAAGUUAGUUUAUAUAAUCCAAUAUAUGUUAUUGACACUAAUCAUGAUUCAUACAAGGGCUUUAGAAGUAAUUUUAUUCAUAUGUCCUUUGGUGUCUUUUCUGAUAAUAAGGAUAUAUCUGAUAAUUCGCUACAUCUGGCACCGAAUACAAUGAGUCAUUUUUUAACCUGGUGGAAUUUAUUCAACACUUAUACAUCAGGUCCCAUUAGGCAAGGCCCAUUAUUUCCCUCCUUGGUCCAAAGUGGUAAGAAAUUUGGUAAAUCUUUAUUCACCAUGAAAUUUCAUUUAUCCUUUGCACCACUAUCAAUUUCUCAUGUGUACAGACAUGCUGAUUCAGACUUGGAUUUGAAGGAAAAUAAUAAUGUGGCGUACACUGGAUUAAAGGCUAAUGUAGAUUCCUUAAAAAUUGAUCUUCAUGAAAAGAAAUUAAAAAUGAUUGCCAGAGACGAAAUAUUGCAACGUAUCAAGCCGUUGUGGAAGUUUAAAAUUGAUCAAGGGGAAGUUGAUUGUAUAGCCUCUGAUAUUAGAAUUAUUUCAACUGUAUUUGACCAGGAAGCUAUCGAAGAACUUUUAGCGAAAAAUAUGGGGUUUUUUAGCAGUACUGAUUCUAUUAAAAGUAAUGUCAAUCACCAUGCAAGUUCUUCAAAUUAUCUUGAUUACAAGUGGUACAAUUUUGAUGAUUAUAUUGAUUUGAAUGAAAUAAAAUUGGAUUCUAAAGUACCAUUAAAAUUUACCACCAUCCCAUUACUAUUUUCGCCAAGAAUAUCCUAUUUCAGAAACAUUGAAAGAAAGGGUCAAAAAUUAAAAUACCCAUUUGGUGGGGAAAAUUCUCAUGAUUGUAUUAACGGGAAAAAUCACCCAGAGAAAACUCAGGAAACUAUUGCAGAGAGGAGGAGAAAUGAAAUCGUUAAUGAAAUUCAUAAAAAGGAAAAACAAUUAAAAGAGUUAAGCUCACUUCAUGAAAGUGGUUCUAGUCACGAUUUAAGACAAAAAAUACACGUAUUAGAAAGACAAAUUAGAGAUUAUUGUCACAGAAAGCACAUUAUGGAUCAGAUUAUCCAAGAUGUUAAACUUUCACAAGUUCCAGAAGAUGUUUUUGAUAACAAUUCUACGUUGGAAGAAGAAAUCGAUUCCAUUUCUAACCCUAAUCAGGACGAUGUGGGUUCAGAAAUCCAUUUGAUGGCUAAUAAUUUAACUCUUGUUAAAACAACAACAAUUGAUUCUCUUAGAAACAUGAGAUUAGAAUCCACACCUUCGGUUGACACCAGUUUUGAUAAUAGAUUUAUGAUUCAUAACAUGUUGUUGAAAAUAAACGAAAAGACCAAGGAGUAUUUGUUGAACUAUUUUUCAAAAGUUUCUGAUAGGAAAACUUCUAAAUUUUUUCUGUCGCAUAAAGCCAUUGAAAUUGUAGAGGAAUUAUUAAAAACCAGUUCACAGGAAAUACCAGUAGAACAGCCGCACCUUGAUGCCAUACUCGAAACAAAUACAAGCAUUUCCAAUACCGAUUUUAUUGUAAAAUUCGAAGAGCUAGUGAGGGAAGUUGCAGACGAAAAUUUCCACACUACUGAUAAUAACAUAAUCAAGUUGAUAAUGCCCCAAAUACAAGUGACUUCUAGUAUAGAAACCGAGUGGUCUAUUUUAAUUGCAGCCAGAGAUAUUGAAAUUGGGGUUAUAGAUGUUGUUCAAAAGGAGGCUAUGCUAAAUGAUUUGAUAAAUGGUGUUAGAAGCUUGAAAGAAACCAGAUACUGUACUUUAUUAACCGAUGCCAAUUUUUUUAUUAUGGAAAAAAGCGACUUAGAAGAUAACGACUUACUUUUAGUGGAGUCUAAAGGGUAUGGUACUGAUGAGGAGCUAGGCAACUGGCCACCAUGGAUGCCAAUAGAGAUGUGUUACGAUGCUUCUUUAUUGGAUGAUUACACUUUUUUGAAAAGAAAUGCGAUGUUUUUAACGUUUACAAGGCCCAACCCAUUAUACUACGAUAUGAGUGCCCAUUUAAUGGGUAAUGCGGAUCCUAUUUUCCGUGUUGGGUUCCCAGAAUUACAUAUUGCCUCUAAUGCUGAACAAUAUUCUGCUAUUUAUAAUAUUGUGACUGAAAUACUGGCAUUUGGUUCAAAUAUGGACAAAAAACUUGAAAAACUAUCGAAAAUAUUUUUGGCUGACGAAUUGAAAAAUAAUUUGGACAAAUUAAGUGUGGAUUUUAUUCUUGGACUACAAAAUAAGAUUCGAGAUAUUUGUUAUAGAAGAGGAUUGUUGAAAUUACGAGACCGGGCUGCAUAUGAUGAAAUGUGUUUGGAUAUUAAAGUUGAAUUGGAAGCUACCAAGUUUGAGUUAAGUUUAUUAAUGUCUGCUUUAAAGAAAAAUUAUAACAAGAUUAAAGACGUAGCAAACAAUAGUGGAUCUAAAUUACAUUGGGUGGUCAGCGCUGAUGAUUUGAUAUGGGAACUAUAUGAUGAAAAGAAAAAGCCAUUUAUUACCUUUGGUUUGGGCCCCUCAUCCUUCUAUAGAUCUCAGUCAACAGAUGGUGCUAACACGAACAAAGUAGUAGUGUCUACAUUGCACUGUUUCAAUCUGCAAGAAAACCCAGUUUAUGCAGACUUAAUAUCUCCCUAUGAUAUUUCAAGCGGAAGAAAGAUUUUACGAUACAAAAAGGAUAACAACAAAAAUUACUACAAUCAUGUUCAUAAUGCACCUUUGAUUGAAAUAAUGUGGUACAUGGGAGCACCUGUUGGUGGUAUUCCGGAUUUGGAGGAGUUAGUUAUUGCCUUUCAGCCAAUUAAAUUCGAAUUAGAUCAUAAAACUGCGACAAAAAUUGUUGAUUUCUUGUUUUUCCCUACCGAAGAAAAUAAAUCAAACCAGCAAAAUGAUGACAAUUCUGUUAGUGUUUUUAGUGGUUAUAAUAGUAAUAAUAACGAUACCGCCGCAGCAUCAGAAAUGAGAUCCAAUAGGAUCAGCUCACCAUCGGCCAUGAGAGGUUUCUUCCAAAGGAAAAGUAUCGAUAGUAAUUCCUCCUCAGAAUCAUUAAUGAGAUUUAAAACUUUUGAAACUUGGGAUUUGGAAACAAGAUCAAGAAUAUCUGGCGAGAGAACCAAGACUCCAACCGUGGCGCGUAGGUUGGUCAGUACGGAUGACGGUAUGAAUGAAAUUGUCAAUCGCUCUAAUAAGUAUUUUAAUGUUCGUUCUGCUGUUAUUAAAAAAAUGACGGUUUGUGUUAGCUAUAAAGGUACACACAGUUUAUUGUCCAAUGUAGAUAAUUUAAUUGUAAAAGUUCCCACAAUCAGAUAUGAAAAUAAGAUUUGGUCAAGACAGGAAUUUAUUGCCACGUUGAAGAAAGAUAUAAUUAAGAUUGUGUUACAGCAUGCAGGUAAUAUCAUCGGAAAUAAAUUUAAGCCAAGACAGAAAAGGGACUCGAAAUAUGAAUCCAUAAAACAAUUUUCCAAUUUUUUAAAGAACGAUGUCAUUCAAUCUUCAAUAAAAGAAGCUUACUUACCCAUGCGACCUAGUUCUAUUGUUGUGGAUGACGGUUACGAGUUUUCAAAGGGCGAUAAUCACUCAGUUACUGGCAAUCUUUCUACCAUAUCUGAUGAUGUGAAAACACUGUCUGUUAAUGCACCAGCUUCGGUUAAAAUUAAAAUUAAUGACGAUACUGAAGAAAAUUUGAACGAUAAAGUGGGUUCUUCAGACCACAGCCAUCAUUCUGUUCACAACAAUUAUAGUAAUAACAAUAGUAAUAAUAACAGUAAUAAUAACAGUAAUAAUAACGUUAAUAAUAAUCAUACUCAUCAUCAUCAUCAUCACCAUCAUCAUCAUCACCACAGUCAUGAAAAGGUAAAGGAGGUGCAAAGCUCCAGCGAAUCAAACGUUGAGCAUAAUAAGGGAAACAAAAAUAAUGACAGCGAAGCACCAAGUACUGACGGGAAUGAAGUUGUGGAUUACACAGUAGAGUCGAUACAUAAUAUUGCGAGAUAA